GGUGUCGGUAUAACCAAUCAGGCGCGGCUCCAGGUUUAACUAUGUUAAAUGUCAGAUUGCAAUAAACUAGAAGCUGUUGGUCGGGCCCGCGGAAAUGGGCGAGCAUAAUCUCCUUAAUCCAGGGUUUGUAGGACCUCUGGUAAACAUUCACACGGGAGACACGUUUUACUUUCCGAAUUUUAGAGCCUCAGGGGGACAGCUGGCGGGGCUACCGUCUCUCUCCUACCCGAGAAGGGACAAUGUUUGCUCCCUCCCGUGGAACCCUUCGGAGCCGUGCAAUGGAUACUCUCAAUCCUACUUUAGCAGCCCGGUGUCUAUUAACCCUUCCUUCAAUCGGUCGUGUGAGAUCACCAGACCAGAGGAGGGCAAGUGUUACUACAACAACGGUAACAGGGAGACCUGCUCAGGUGGCAACGGCGGCAGCGGCAGCCUCAAACGGGAGGACAGGGCGAGGGACACAUCUGACCACGGGAUGCACGCCGGGAUUGCGGGCGGCGUCGCCUUCUCCAAAUAUGAGUACGGAACGGAGCAGCUCACGCAGGAUCCGCCGUCCUGUCAGUCAAUGGAGUCCGACUCCAGCUCCUCUCUGCUGAAUGAGAGCGGCAAGCCUCCAUCCAGCAACACACAGACCCUGGUGUCACCGGGAAGCCUUUCAGGCAACAUAGCCGCAGGCGGAGGCGCCCCGUGGUACCCGAUGCACACUCGGACCAGAAAGAAGCGCAAACCCUAUUCAAAACUCCAGCUGGCGGAGCUCGAAGGAGAAUUCAUGCUUAACGAAUUCAUCACCCGGCAGCGGCGGAGGGAGCUCUCCGACCGCCUGAACCUCAGCGACCAACAAGUGAAGAUUUGGUUCCAGAACCGCAGGAUGAAGAAGAAGAGACUCAUGUUGAGGGAGCAAGCUUUGGCCUACUUUUAGAGACAUGCGUGAUAUAGAAAGGUGAAACGAUAGGCAGUAAAAAAAAUAAAAAUAAAAUAAAAAAGCCAAGCCUUCUACACUCCCUUAGGUCUUCUGUCAAUGCAUGCACUCAUCUAUCCAUCUUUGUUCAAAUUGCAGGUUAUCAUUACCUCCUUUCUGCUGGAUUAUCUCUAAAGUUGUUCCUCCAAAAAAUACAAGACACUAUCUGGCGUCCUAAAAGAUGCACUGCACAUCAGUGAGCCUCGAGGUUUGGCGUAAUGGCACAAAAAAAAAAAAACUGUGAAAAUGUGUGUUGUUUUCUCUGCAGGCUUCCCCUCAUUGACCUAGCAAUAGAUAAUUGUUCAGGCAAUAUGACAUCAGUCACUCUGAGAAAUCGGGGCGGAGGAGAGGCCAUUCAAGGCAGAAAUCUUAGGAUAGGGCCUAAAAAUAUCCGUGAAGUCAAACAGUCUGACUGCAUGGCAUCCGCGCUCGAAUGUCUUUAUAAUUCCUUCAGUUAAGAUCUGAAGAAGGAUCAUUUCCAUCCCGACUGGUUUAUGCGUCCUUUCUUGUAAUUUGUCGCUUAAGAGAAGGAUUCCCAUGUUUUUAUUAUUAUUUUUUUUACGUGUGUGCACGUUCACGGUCACGGACAGGAGUACCAAAAGUCUGGGUCUCUGCAUGACAGAGGAGAGGCAACACUAAGAUAAAAAAAUGACAUAAAGUGAGUUUGAUUAAGUGCAAACAAGUUUCGUCUUUUUUAUUCUUCUACUUUUAUUACCUUUCAACUUGUCUUAACAACAAACCACUGGGUCACAUAUGCGUGUUCACGGUUCUGGACUGGGCUGCUACGAUAAAAGAAAAAAAAAAGGUCCAGACUCAUGCCAGCGAAAGCCCAAAAAGGAUGUCCAGUUCAACUUAAUCCGCGAGCUGUCACUUACUUAAAGUGCGGAUAUACGCUUUCAGGCCAAAAAAGAGCAUUUUUGAAACUUAUUGGUGCUCAUAAUACUAAAUAAAUGUAUAUACAAUAAAAUAAUAAAAUAAAAAUAGUAAAAGAACUUUCAAGCCUCUGAGUGUGUUGCCCCUUCGAUGUGGGUGCAACCGCAGCGUAUUAUCGGUUAUGUAUUAUGAGUAAGCUAACUAAAACGUUUGCAGCAUGUUAUUGAUGUGAAAGUGCUACAAGUCGUGUUCUGCGGGACACUGUUUCUGUAGGUGACCUUUUGUACCUUUUCUUUUUUGAACAAAUCAAAAACCACCAAUAUUAAAACGUUUUGAAAUAAGCGCCUUCAAAGAAUGUAUUAUUAUUAUUAUUAUUAGGUGGCAGGGACGGACAGCCGCCUAGGCCGACCUAAUGUACUUGCAGUGUUGUCUUCGUUCUUACCUUGUCCUCGUGUAUAACUUUGUAAAAUGAAAAUAUAACCAUUAUUAGUAUUCGCAUCCUAUUUUGAGGAUCCCUUAUCGCUAUGUAAUAGUGCUUUAUGUUGAUCGUCUUGUUCAAUACAUCAUUCCAUAUAUAUAUAUAUAUAUAGCCAGUUUGUUACUGUAAGGGCAGGGAGGGGAGGUAUAGACCGACAUGCAGAAUGAUUAUAAAAAAUGUAAAAUUUUGUUAUUUUUUACCAUUCAUGACAUUUAAAGAAACUCUGUUUUAGCGUGGUAGUUGUCCAUGAUAGUACCUUUCAUGAUGUCGCCCACCUAUUGCAUUCCUUCCUUUGCGCUUGUAAGGAUUGCUACGUUGUCUUGUAAAAGUAAUAUUGAUAUGAAUGUAUAUGCGUAAGGUCUUCAAUAAACAGCAUAUUGAAACGUU